GCAGAAAACCAGAGACAACCAAACAUUUAUAACAGAAAUCAUCCUCUUGGGAUUCGAAGGACUUCAUGGCAUUAGAACUUUGGUCUUCUUUCUGCUCCUUUUAAUUUACUUUGUUACAAUAUGUGGGAACCUUUUAAUCAUUAUUGUUGUGUCUUACAGCAAGAACCUCCAGUCUCCCAUGUACUUUUUUCUGACUCAGCUCUCCAUAUCUGAUAUAAUGCUAACCACAAGCAUUGUGCCAAACUUACUUCAUAUUAUACUCCAUGAGGUGGGGAGAAUGCCUUUGGAAAACUGCAUUAUCCAGUUUAAUGUUUUUGUUUUCUCAGAAUGUUCAGAGUGUCUUCUUCUGACAGUCAUGUCUUACGAUCGCUAUUUGGCCAUCUGUAAGCCCCUACAUUAUUUUUCUGUAAUGAAUCAUUCAUUGUGCAUGCGACUGGCUGGAGUUUCCUGGCUAUUGAGUAUUUUUGCAAUGCUGAUGAGCACAAUCACACUUACAAGUCUGGACUAUUGUGGGCCAAACAUAAUUGACCAUUUCUUCUGCGAUGUUUCACCAAUGUUAAAACUAUCUUGUUCAGAUGUCUUCAUGGUUCAAGCUGCCAUGGUUUUUCUUGGUGUCCCCAUACUUUUCCUACCAUUUAUAUUUAUUGUGAUAUCAUAUAUCUAUGUAAUAUUCAACAUUCUUAAAAUCCCCUCCACUACUGGAAAACAGAAAGCCUUCUCCACCUGUAGUUCUCACUUGACUGUAGUCUGCAUAUUUUAUGCAACUCUUAUUUCUAACUAUGGUGUUCCACACAUAGGACGGUUAGUGAAUGUUAGUAAAUCACUAUCCCUGUUAUACACUUUGGGGACACCGCUGAUGAAUCCAAUUAUCUACAGUCUGAGGAAUAAUGAAAUGAAGACAGCCUUUGUGAAAUUAUUCAACUCUGAGAUUUGUUAUUUCCUGACCUCUUGCUUGUUUGACCUCAAUGUGCCACACAACCUGCACCUUGUCUUGUUUCUGCAAGCUGUUGCCUGUCUGAGUGUAUUUAAAGGUUGA